UCUGACUUAAAAAUGUAUUAACAAAAAUGGGAGUUGAUCAGCAAAAAGUCAAUAUAGCUUUCUUGUUCGUGUGUCUUUUGUUUGGUUCGGGUCAUGGGAAGAUCCCACCCUUCUGGCGCGAUACGUUCGUCACGAUGACAAACUCGCUUGGCGGUCCACCUCUUACCGUACAUUGCAAAUCCAAGCAAGACGACCUAGGAACUCACGUGGCGCCUUUCCACCAAAAUUACCAAUUCAAGUUUCAACCAAAUAUUUGGAAAUCAACAUUGUACUUUUGCAGUUUUCAAUGGGACAAACAAUUCAAAUGGUUUGAUAUAUUUGAUGCUGUGAGAGAUCAAGAUGUAUGUAAAGAUAAAUGUAACUGGGAUAUCAGAGCUAAUGGUCCAUGCAGGCUCGAUAAAAAAGCCCCUACAUGUUUUCCUUGGAAGUAGUUGUUUUAUAUCAUAUAUCUGAUGAAAAUAUGAUAUAGAUGAUCAAAUUCAAUAAAAUCAGUUUUUUUGUUUGUUUU